UCUGGUCAAGGCAGGCUUCCCAGGGCUUGGAAAGGAACGGACUGAGGAGCCUGAGCAGAUGGGAGCAAAGAAUGGAGGGUACACUAGUAUGGUAUUUAAGUGGGUAUGGUCCAUCCUGGAAGAGGUAGCGAAGAAAGAAAGAAGCCAACAGAGAGCAGGCGCUGACCUACGAAGCCAGUGACGAAGGCUCUGCAAGCUUGGGAGGCGUGGGCUGGUGACAGGAGGAGGGUGACAAGCAUGUCUUCAGUGUGUUGAGAACCGUGAAGGGCUAAUGAGAAUCAUGAUGAGCAGCAGACAGGGGCGCGCAGAGGCGGGACCUGGGUGUCUACACGUCUGGCCGUUCAUCCAUCCGUCCCUCCUGGGGCCGGAACUGACCAUGCCCAGCGGCUGCCGCUGCCUACAUCUCAUGUGCCUGCUGUGCAUCCUGGGGGCAACCAGCCAGCCUGCCAGAGGACGCCUGUCGGUGUUGCCAUGCCCAGAGCUGAGUCCAUCUAACAGCGGAAACUUCUACCAAGUCCCACGUCCCAGGAAGGCAGACCCUGAUUCAGACUCACGCGUACUACAUCAAUCUCUUUCAGCGGAUGACUGCAGCUCCCACUGUGACCUGGCCCACGGCUGCUGCGCUCCUGACGGCUCCUGCAGGUGUGACCCAGGCUGGGAGGGGCUGCAUUGUGAACGCUGUGUGAGGAUGCCUGGCUGCCAGCACGGUACCUGCCACCAGCCGUGGCAGUGCAUCUGCCACAGUGGCUGGGCAGGAAAGUUCUGUGACAAAGAUGAGCACAUCUGUACCUCACAGUCACCCUGCCAGAAUGGAGGCCAGUGUGUGUAUGACGGGGGCGGUGAGUACCACUGUGUGUGCCUGCCAGGCUUCCACGGACGUGGCUGUGAGCGCAAGGCUGGACCCUGUGAGCAGGCAGGCUCCCCAUGCCGGAAUGGCGGGCAGUGCCAGGACAACCAGGGUUUUGCCCUCAACUUCACAUGCCGCUGCUUGGCAGGAUUCAUGGGUGCCCACUGUGAGGUGAAUGUGGAUGACUGCCUGAUGCGUCCUUGUGCUAAUGGUGCCACAUGUAUUGAUGGCAUAAACCGCUUUUCCUGCCUCUGUCCUGAGGGCUUUGCUGGACGAUUCUGCACGAUCAACCUAGAUGAUUGUGCCAGCCGCCCAUGCCAGAGAGGGGCUCGCUGCCGGGAUCGCAUCCAUGACUUUGACUGCCUUUGCCCCAGUGGCUAUGGUGGCAAGACUUGUGAGCUUGUCUUACGUGCUCCAGCCCCUGUCACAAUGGGCAUCCCACAAACACCCACCUCAGCUGUAUUUGUGCCGGCUACAGGGCCUGCCCCCCACAGUGCAGGGGCAGGCCUCCUGAGGAUCUCAGUGAAGGAGGUGGUGCGGAAGCAAGAGGCUGGGCUAGGUGAGUCUAGCCUGGUGGCCCUGGUGGUGUUUGGGUCCCUCACUGCUGCCCUGGUCCUGGCCACUGUGUUGCUGACCUUGAGGGCAUGGCGCCGGGGCAUCUGCCCCACUGGACCCUGUUGCUACCCAGCCCCACACUAUGCCCCAGCUCGGCAGGACCAGGAGUGCCAGGUCAGCAUACUGCCAGCAGGGUUCCCUCUGCCACCAGACCUGCCCCCUGAGCCUGGCAAGACCACAGCAUUGUGAUGGAGGCAGGGGCUUCUUGGCCCCCUUCCUUGUCUCCUUCACAUCUCAGACUGGAGGUCCUUUUUCACCAGCCCUCAGCUUUGGUCCACCCUUCCAGGGGAUUUCAGCCUCAUACCAGAAAUACUAUUUUUUUAAAACAGAAUGUAAAAUAGGAAUUUUAUCAAAUAAAAUUAUAAAAAUG